AUGGUGUAUGAUAGUGAUAGUUCAUCUUCUUCUUCUGAGGAUGAAAAUGCAGCUUAUUAUGAUUUUAGGAAACGUAAAUGUGAUACCAUUAUUCAAAAACCGGCUACACUUCAAAGAUCCAGUAAUAAUACAAAAGGGCCAGUGGUGGUUCAAAAUAAUGACUCUUUUUCUAGCACUAGCAGUGACAGUCCAACAUAUGAACUAAAUGGUCAAUUUUCUGGAAGUGAAUCUUCGUUGGAUGAUUCGAAUUCGCCAUUGGAUUUAUCCACUCCAAAAGGUUGGAAACAAAAAGACAGAGCUUUUGGCAAUGGUGGCAUGCCAAAACAAAAACACAAACAGUUACAAAAGUGUGAACAACUCAAAUGGCCCAAUCAAAGAGUUAUAAUUUCAAAAGUGAAUGAAUCAAAUCAUAAAUUAAUAGGAGAGCAGUCUACAUCUAGUUUUAGUAGUAUUAAAGGAGAAAUUGGGGAAUCUCCUGAUGUAGCUGGCCUGGAUACUCCAUCAUCUUGUGAUGAUAACAGCCCUAUUUAUCAAAAUGUAAUGAAAGGAAAGAGACUCUUUGAUAUUCGAUCAAUGGCUGAAAAACCUUCAAUGUCAUCAUUCCCGAGUUUGUCUUCUAUGAAUGCUUUUGGCUAUCAAGGAAAUGAAGGAUUAGCCAGUUACACAUCCUUACCAUACACUUCCUAUUUAGAUGAAUCCCAUUCAAGGUAUGGUGGAAGGUCUAUAAGUCAGCUACCUUCAUCCACUAGUUUAAUGUCAAAUUUUAACGAAACAGCUGCUAAUGAGCGUGAAGAAAUGGCUAACAUGUCAAAUUUAAGCUCUUUUAGUUAUAUGAGCUCUAUUUCUGCUUUAAGGAAACCAACAACUAGCAUUAAAGAUUGUAAAACAACUGAUUCAUCACCUGUGAGUAUAAUUUCGAAUUUCACUGGGUCAGUGGAAGAAGCAAGAGAGGGAUUAGCAAGCUACAACAGCUUAACCUCUCUUUAUAAAUCUCCUGAGUCAAUUUAUGCUGAAAUAAAUCCAUCACCCAAGUUUUCCUCAGACUAUAUUCGAAUGGAACGUUUAGGAGAAGGUUUGGCCAGUUAUACAUCAUUACCAGGUAUCAGAUAUGAAUCUAGUUCAGAAGAACCAAACUUUAGUUUGAAUUCCACCAUCUUAGCAGCUCCACAAUCAGAUUACAUCGAUAUGAAUAGAGUGAAUAUUAACAAUCAAUAUGCCAGUGUAGAAAAGAAAGGAAUUCGGAAAAGUUCCUCCAAUCAGUCUUCAAAUGCUGCUACUCCAGUGAAUGUGAAAACAUCAAGUAAAAUUUUAAGAGAACAAUUCUUCACUUCUGAAGAUCUUUCUGGAGACUAUGUUGAACUUUCCAAAUGUCAGGCAUACUUAAAGGCUGUGAAAGAAAGAGAAGCAGAUAUGAUGUGUUCUUCAAAUAAGAUCCGAAAAAAUGUAAAUUCACAUGUUUCAAAUUUAACUGCAUCUAGCAAAGCUCUGAAUUUACCAACUAAGCCCCCUUUACCUCCUAAGUUAUUGCAAAAAGAGGAAUUUUUGCCUUUACUUCCAAAGCAACCAUUAGUUGUAAAACAAUUGUUUACAAAUAGCAAAAAUAUGAGAAGCAUUUCCCCUUCUCCUUUGGUUUUAAAGAAGCCAAGUGAAAGUAGAGAUGUUGAAUGUGAAAUUAAAAAUAGAAUUUGUUCUGUAGAAGAAGUGAAUAGAAUUAAAGACCCCCAAUGCCUUGAUAGUGAGCUAAUUAACAGUAACAAAAGUUUUCAAGGAGAUGGUAGAUCCCUAUUGACUUCUAACAACAAUUUGACUUUAGGUGAAUCAAUUUGUGAACAUAGGGAGGGUCUUGCAAGCUGCUCUUCUCUCUCUAAUUUUAAUGUGAACUCAGAUAUGUGUUCUCCAGACAGUUCUCAUAAUUUGAAUGAUAUUUCAAAAAUUUCUGUGCACUGUGUCAAGUCUAGUCAAAAUACCAUUCAAAAUAUAACUGAACUGUGUACAGUACCAAAUCCGUUUGCAGAUCCUAAAAUCAUCAAUUGUGCAUUUAAUGUAUCUGCCUCACAAAGAGGAACUCAUAGUGAUAGUGGUGUGGAAUGUGCAUCUGUGUCAACUCCUGUAUUACACAGUGAUCAAACAUCUAAUACAGGAGAUCCCCUUAUUGGCAAUAUUGAGGAAGUUUUUUCUCAGACUGGAAGUAGUUCACUUAAUAGUACAAGUUCUGUAGCUGACACUGACAGUUGUAAUCAGUGUUUGAGUCAAAAUUCAGAGUCAAGUCAAAAUUCCUCUCGCAGUCAUAGUGGAAAAAGCAACCAAACUGUGUUACAAGUAGAUUUAAGUCAUCUCUGUGAUAAAAAACUGAAUAAAAAUACAUCACAGACUUGCAUCAAAUCUUCAAAUUCAUUGUCUGGUAACAAUUCUCUCAAUCACAUUAUAGCUAGUCACGUGUCAGAAGCCAAACUGUCAGCCUCUAAUAGCAUGUCAUCUAUAUAUUCUACAUGCUCAAACUUCUCUAGUGUUCAUUCGGCAUCACAGGAAGCAACAAAUUAUGUUAAAACUGCAGCAAAUGAUUCAGGUAGUUGUAGUAAUUUGCAAUCUGAUCAUUUAAAUGAAUCAAAACAUUCUAUAAACAGUGAAAAUGAAAACGCCUCAUUAUUGGAUUUAUAUGGAAACGGUUCAAGCACUCCUCGUGCAACUACUUCCUCAACAGUUUCUUUUCCUAAUAAUACUUUAUUGGGUAGUCCUAUUGCUACAUAUGUUCAGCUGCCAGCACUGUGUGGUGUUGGUGGAGGUAGAGUUGUGAGAAGUCCCUGUGUCAAGCCCUCAAUGUUGAACCUCAAAGAUAAAUAUGAGGAUGGUGCCAUCUUAAACUUUAAAUCAAUGGACUCAAAAUGUAAUUCUAUGCAGAAACUUGUAAAUGCUUCUAAUGUGAAUUCUGCAAACCGAAAAUCUCUGAAAGAUAAGGAAAUUCCCUUUGGAGGUGUAAGCUUAUCUAAUUUAGGUGUAGUCCCAAUCCGAGAAGAAGAGGAAGAAGUUCAAAUGGUUUAUGCGAAUGCUUUUAGAAGAGUUGAUGUUGGAAGUGACAAUGUCCCUUCAAAUGUUGUGGUGAGAUCAACGGUUAAACGUGUACCUUCCAUAAAUGAACCAAAAAGAUCAUAUCAGUCUAUUAAUCCUCAACAGAUCAUACAUGGACUAUUCCAACCGUCAAACAGUAACAGUUUGGGUAGUUUGAAUUCUCAAAACCGUAUCUCAAAUGCCCAAGUAGUUAACAUGAGGACUAAAUCUGCAACUGUAAGGAACACUCGACCUCAAUCAGCUUUGGGCAGAAUACAAGGUGAAUCUUCAACCUUGCCAAGAACCAAGACAAGUCGUGUGGUACGCCUUCAGACAACAUCUGGAUCAGUCUUGAGUCCUCAUCGUAAUGUUUUACCCGAUAUCAUUCCUUAUGAUGAAAGUGAGCCAGAAGAACUUUUACCACCUUCAGAAGCCUUGUUUAAAGCACAAUUACCAGUACAUCAUAUAAGUAGACACUCUGCUGAAAAUAUGGCAAUUUCUGUUGCUAGUUCUAAUUAUAUUCAAAUGACUGGUUCAAUAGCUAAAACGCCUAAUUCAAGAAGUUUGGAUACUGUGUCUGUAUCAAGUUUGUUUCAACAUGGUUCCUCAGAAGAUAAUUAUGCUAUGGAUAGUUCCAAUUCUUCAUUAGACUGUGAUAAUUUUUCGUUUGAUUUUAACCAACCAGAAGACUCUGUUACAUCAGUAAUGUUCUCUAGUACAGUUGAUUUUCAGCAGUCUGAAAACAGUGAAGAUACUACCAUCUAUCAGGAUAUUGAUGCUCAUGGUUUAGGAGCUUAUGGUGGUAAUGAUUAUGAAGCCAAAGCAAAGAAACAUAUCAGAGAACAAUGUAAGUAG